AUGGGAAUCAGUGGAUGGUCGAAACAGCCAGCGCCAUUCAUCAUAUGUCGCACCUUCGUUCUCUUGGGCGUCGAGGAAUGGGGUCUGUGUUAUUUGCGAUUGGAUCUCCUUCGUCAUUGGAACAUACCAGAGAAAUUUUUAGCCGAAAUAAGACAUUCUAUGCCAGACGUUCCAAUCCUGCUUGCAGGACUGGAGGCGGACGAGCGCAAUUCCAAAGAAGUAGUCGAGAAGCUUGCCACAUGGACAAUGAAGCCUGUGCAUUACCUGGACGGACUGAUGAAAGCAAGAAUCUUGGGAGCAGCUGCGUAUGCAGAGUGCUCCGCUUUAGCUGGUAAAGGUCUCGACGACAGUUUCAUGACUGCCAAUCUUCUAGGGCGAUCUUACAAAAUGAGAAAGUCUCCACGGGAACGAGCCUUUAAGGCGGACAAGAAAUGUGCACUUAUGUAA